AUGGAUCCUCAACUAGAGAUCUUUGUCAAGGCGCUGUCUCGCCUCUUAGGAUGGAUCUACAUGCUUUGUUGGUCUGCCUCGUUCUACCCCCAGCCCAUCUAUAAUUACCAGCGCGGUUCCACGUCGGGGUUAGCCAUCGACUUCCCCACUAUCAACUUCUUGGGAUUUUCAUAUUAUGCGAUCUACACGUCCGCUUUUCUGUACUCCCCCGUCAUCCGUCAGCAAUAUGCAGCGCGUUUUCCCAACUCCGGCGAGCCGACCGUCCGCUUCAAUGACUUGGCAUUUGCGGCGCACGCGGUGUUGUUGAGCGCGAUCGUCUACUCGCAGUUUUGGCCCAGUAUUUGGGGGUUGCGCGUAUUGCGCACCCAACGAAUCAGCAAAACUAUGUUGGGUUUGUUUUGGGGUUCCGUUAUGGCGCCCCUGGUCAUUGUUUGGAUGGUGGUGGCACGCAGCCCGGACGGCGGUCGUGAUCCUGCGUCAUGGGCGUGGAUUGACGUAAUUUAUGCAUUGUCGUAUGUCAAGCUCCUGAUCACGGUGGUGAAAUAUGUGCCCCAAGCCUGGGUGAAUUACAAGCGCCAGUCGACCGUGGGCUGGAGUAUCAUCCCCAUUCUUCUCGACUUGAGCGGGGGGGUUCUGUCGCUGGUGCAACUAGUCCUCGAUUCGAGUCUCCAGAGCGACUGGAGCGGAAUCACGGGCAACCCGGUCAAGUUCCUGCUGGGCAACAUCACCAUUGUCUCAGACACGGUUUUUAUUGUCCAGCAUUACUGGUUAUACCGAGAUGCGCCGAAGGACACGAAGGAUGCGGAGGAUCGGGAUCGGGGCGACCAAAGGCCGUUGUUGUCUGAUGAGCCUGACGAGGCUCCCCGAGCCACGCGAGUUCUAGUUUAA